CCCAACAUUGCAGCAUCUGUUCAAGCUGCUUAUCCCAUACCAGCAGCCUGUGGAAUUUAUUAUUUUGAAGUAAAUAUUGUCAGUAAGGGAAGAGACAGCUACAUGGCAGUUGGUCUGUCUGCUCAAAGUGUGAACAUGAAUAUACUACCAGGUUGGGAUAAAGAUUCAUAUUGUUACCAUGGGGAUGAUGGACAUGUAUAUUGUUCUUCUGGACCUGGACAACCGUAUGGACCAACUUUUACAACUGGUGAUGUCAUUCGCUGUUGUGUUAAUAUUAUCAACAAUACCUGCUUUUACACGAAGAAUGGAGAUAGUUUAGGUGUUGCUUUCAUACACUUAACGCCAAAUUUGUAUCCUACUGUGUGGCUUGUGACACCAGGAGAAGUGGCUCAUGGCAAUUUUGGGCAACAUCCUUUUGUCUUUGGUAUAGAAGACUACAUGCGAGAAUGGAGAACCAAAAUACAGGCCCAGAUAGACCAGUUUCCUAUUGAGGAUAGAAAAGGAGAGUGGCGGGCCAUGAUACAAAAACUGGUUUCAUCUUAUUUAGUCCAGCACGGGUACUGUGCCACAGCAGAGGCAUUUGCCAGAUCUACACACCAGACUGUUCUAGAAGAAUUUGAUUCCAUUAAGAAUAGACAAAGAAUUCAGGAGUUGGUGUUAGCAGGACGAAUGGGAGAAGCCAUAGAAAUAACAGAACUGUUAUACCCAAGUUUAUUUGAAAGAAAUCCCAAUCUCCUGUUCACAUUAAAAGUACGUCAGUUUAUAGAAAUGGUGAAUGGUACAGAUAGCGAAGUACGGUUUUUGGAAAGCCAACGUCCAAAAUCUCAAGACAGUUAUCCUGUCAGUCCUAGGCCUUUUAGUAGUCCAAGCAUGAGUUCCAGCCACGGAAUGAGUGUCCACAGUUUAGCUUCAGGUAAAAGCAGUAUUUCUGAAAUUGACCCCAGUCAGUUAAGACGUCAGCUGUGUGUAGAAAGUCAGGCUGCCAUAGAGAGAAUAAUUCACUUUGGCCGAAAGCUACAAGCCAUGAGUGAGUGGCUGAGGAGAGAAUUUGGCAAGAACACAGCAAACAGGAAAAUGCUGAAG